AACGGACUAUUUUUGAAUCUUGGAUGACAACAAAUAACUGUCACAUGGGUUGUUUACUAACAUUCCAGAUCAGUUUCGCGCAAUAUACGGCGCUUCAAACAGCUGAAAAAUUGUUUUCUUGUGAUCUUCCGGCAGGAUGGCGCAAAAUUACUGCCGUGUAUGCAAACAAGUCCUGCUAGGAAGAGAUGAACAUCUUUCUCUAUUUUCCACCCUGGGCGAACGAACGAUCGCGGAGUUAUUCACCGAGUUGUGCGGUAUAGUGAUACAACCUGACGACGGGCUACCUACUAGUGCAUGCGAAGAAUGUGUAGAGAGCAUAGCCAUUGCCAUCGGCGUGCGAGAAAAAUGUAUCGAAACGGACAGGCAGUUGAGGGAAAUGGUUGCCAGCGUGAUGCUUGACCACAAACCUAUGGAUCCGACAAUUGACUUCAGUCCAAAGAAGGAACUACCCGUGCACGACGCAGAGGUUGGCUUCGAUGGAAUGGAUGAAUUUUCGCAAAAUAUGUACGCCCUCGGCGCGAACAGUAUGAUGAUGGAGGAGAGUAGCGAAGGGAGCAACAAUCUGCUGAACAACACGGCUCAUCCGACAAUUGUACAGGAACAGAUUCUACCCGAAGGAUUUCUGGAGAUUCUCAACUCGACGGGUAACCCACCGGGACAAGCGGAUGGUCCAAAAAGUUGCUGCGGCUGUGAACUAUCGUUUCAGACAGAGAGCGAUUUACAAGAACAUUCUUUAGCAGCGCACUACAGUGACCGAGUGAUUUGCAAUGCGAAACCAUUUGAGUGUGCCGUAUGCUACAAACGGUUCACCGACGAGGCGAGUUUAGUUCUGCACGGCAACACACGUAGCCUCUGCCAUCGAUGUCGGUUCUGCGAGAAGCGCUUCAACGACCGCAAGCAGCUCCAGUUUCACGAGAAGUAUCAUCGGAAAAAGUACGUGACCAGGGACGAAACGUGCGAGUGCGACUUUUGCGGACGUUCGUUUCGCUUCCGAUCGAGUCUGAAAGCUCACGCCAAACUACAUACGGUCGAUGCAAACGAUCGACUUUACAAAUGUAGCCAGUGUGAGCGACGGUUCUUACGGCGGACACACUUACGUUCGCAUGAAAUUUCGCACUCCAACGAAACCCCUUUCGGUUGCGGACUCUGCACGCUGAAGUUCAAACGAAAGCACAAUUUGACGGCACAUCUGAAGAUUCACGAUGGGAGCAAUAAAACGUACAAGUGCCGCUACUGCGGGAUGUCUUUUAUGCAUCAAUCAACCCGGGCGUAUCACGAGGUAAGCAAGCACACUGGCAACUAUCCUUUUACGUGCAGCAUUUGUGGGCGAAACUUCUUCCGGAAACCGCUCUUUGAUAAGCACAUGGGACGCCAUGCAUUUUUGAAAAUGAACACUAAGUAAACUUCAUCAAUUUAGUAUAUGAAUAUGUUAUGAGCUUUAUUGUAUUUAUUAUUUUUAUUCGAAAUGAUGGAAUUUUA